CAAUAAAAGCGGCCGUUUCCGCCUUGCCUUUCAGAGCAACAUCUGUGGGCAUCUGUCUGCAUCAUGAUACUCCAUUGCAUGCGUCUCCUGCCCUUGCUGCUGCUCGGGUUGUGCUGGCCGGAUUCGGAGAAACGCGUCGUGGGAGCUGCGAAGAUCAGGGAGUUCUAUAUCGCUGCCCAGGUCACUAGCUGGACCUACAAGCCACAGACUGAGGAAAAGUCCAGAUUGGCACAUUCAGAUCCUGUGUUUAAGAAAAUUGCUUACAGAGAAUAUGAAGUGGAUUUUAAGAGAGAAAAGCCAGCAAAUAAAUUUGCAGGACUUCUGGGACCAACUCUGCGUGCCGAAGUGGGAGAUACUUUAGUAGUUCACUUUAAGAACAUGGCUGACAAAGCACUCAGCAUUCAUCCCCAAGGCAUAGCCUACAACAAGAAGGCUGAAGGUUCCCUGUAUGAUGACAGAACAUCAUCUGUGGAAAAAAGAGACGAUGCUGUGCUUCCAGGCCAGGUCUACACGUAUGUGUGGGAUAUUGCUGAAGAAGUUGGGCCAAGAGAAGCCGACCUUCCAUGUCUCACUUAUGCCUAUUAUUCCCAUGAGAACAUGACAAUGGAUUUCAACUCUGGUCUGAUUGGAGCAUUACUUAUCUGUAGGAAAGGAAGCCUGAAGGAGGACGGGUCACAGAGACUUUUUGACAGGGARUACGUGCUGAUGUUCGGUGUGUUUGAUGAAAGCAAAAGUUGUCAAAAGGCAUUGUCACAGACCUCAGCACUGAAGUACACAAUAAAUGGUUAUGCUGAUGGGACGUUAUCAGACUUAGAGGCUUGUGCCUAUGACAACAUUAGCUGGCAUUUGAUAGGAAUGAGUUCCAAGCCAGAAAUUUUCUCCAUUCAUAUCAAUGGCCAGACCAUGCAGCAAAGAAAUCAUCGAAUUUCUACUGUUAACCUGGUGGGAGGAGCAUCAACCACAGUAAACAUGACAGUCAGUGAAGAAGGAAGGUGGCUGAUCUCUUCUCUUGUCCAGAAGCAUCUGCAAGCUGGACUGCAUGGUUACCUCAGCAUAAAAGGUUGUGAGGACAAAGAGGUGAAGAAGAAGAAGAGUCUCUCCUUUAGAGAACGCCUUAUGGUCAAGAAUUGGGAGUAUUUCAUUGCUGCAGAAGAAAUUACUUGGGAUUAUGCCCCAAAUAUUCCAGACAACCUUGAUAGGCACUAUAAAGCACUGCAUUUGGACAACUUCUCAAAUCUCAUAGGUAAAAAAUAUAAAAAAGCUGUUUUCAGGCAGUAUACAGAUGCAAGCUUCACCAAGCGUCUGGAAAGUCCUCGGCCUAAGGAAACUGGAAUUUUGGGACCUAUUAUCAGAGCUCAACUCAAUGACAAAGUCAAAAUUGUAUUCAAAAAUAAGGCUAGUCGACCCUACAGCAUUUACUUCCAUGGAGUGACACUAUCCAAGAAUGCAGAAGGAGCUAAUUAUCCUUUGGAUACCACCACAGGCAACAGCACCCAGAACGCAGGAGUUCAACCAGGAGAGAUCUACACUUAUGAGUGGAAAAUUGCUGACACGGAUCAACCCACUGYACAGGAUGCCCAAUGUAUUACAAGGCUGUACCACAGUGCUGUAGACAUAGAGAGAGAUGUAGCCUCUGGACUCAUUGGCCCACUUCUGAUUUGUAAAAGUGAAUCACUGACCCAGAAGGGUGUACAGAAAAAAGCAGAUGGGGAGCAGCAGGCAGUGUUUGCUGUGUUUGAUGAAAAUAAGAGCUGGUACAUAGAGGAUAACAUCAAGGAUUACUGCAGCCACCCUGCCAGUGUUAAAAGGGAUGACCCCAAGUUCUAUAACUCGAACAUAAUGCACACAAUAAAUGGCUAUGUGUCCGACAGCAGUGAAAUCCUUGGGUUUUGCCAAGAUAAUGUGGUUCGGUGGCACUUUUCCAGUGUGGGCACUCAUGAUGAGAUUGUCUCUGUUCGUCUUUCUGGGCACUCUUUUCUUUAUCAAGGGAAAUAUGAAGAUGUGCUGAACCUUUUCCCAAUGAGCGGAGAAUCAGUCACGGUAGAAAUGGACAAUGUUGGUACUUGGCUUUUAGCUUCCUGGGGUACCCCAGAGAUGAGUUACGGAAUGAGACUGAGAUUCCGAGAUGCCAGAUGUGACUAUGAGGAAGAGUACACGUAUGACGUUGUGGAUUUUGAUCCUGCCAAGACUAAUAAGAAUGCUAUUUCUGCCUCAACUGAAGAUGAGGGAAGUGUAGAUGAAGAGGACUUGGCUUAUCAGGACUACCUGGCAAAUGCUUACUCCAUCAGAAGCUCAAGGAAGUCGGAAGGCAAUGAGGAAACACAAAACCUUACAGCAUUGGCCUAUGAAGAGUACUCUGGCACUGACACUCCAAAUUCUGAGGUGGAUUAUGGAUCAGAUCUAACAUCCGUAAAGAGUAAUGAAUCUUCAAACUCUCACGUGUUUUUAGAAAGUCAUCCUUUUCCCUGCACUGAGGAUGAAACAUUCCAGCCAAAUUGCACAGCAGCCCCAGGAGAAGAGGAUGUAUUUUUGACUAGCACAAGCAAUGGAAAGCCUGACUUGGUAUUUGAGAAUAGAAGCCAAAGCAAUUAUGGAGUAGAUCAUAGUAACAUGUCUGCAGGUGAGCACUUGUUGAGUAAUGAGGAAGCCCAAAUGAAAGUUGCAGAGGAGCUUCCGACUGAUGGAAGGGACAAUAUUUUUUUUUCAGAAAAACAUCAGGAGGAAAGCACAGAAAGAGGAAGUGAUAACAUUGAUCAUAAAAGGGAACGACGCAACUCACUGGCUACAAAGUUUUACUCUGUCCGAAAGAUGAAUGCCCUUCUGCAUCAUAUCCGAAAUAAAAAUGGCUCAUUCUCUGACGAGACAGAUGCAUCUCAUUCCAUGCAUCAUCUGGAGAACACAUCCCAUAUAGCCAUGGGAAGUGAGCAACUUCCAAGUGAUUAUGAUGAUGAAGAGGAAGAGGAGGAAACUGAGAUGGAAAAUGCAAUGCAUACAGUUAACUUGACACUUGCUCUGGAACUCCCUGUAGAAAAAUAUGAAUCCAAUGCAUAUAGCCCCUCUGGAGUCAACCUAUCCAAAGAUAAACAAGCAGACACUUCUUUAGAUUAUCCAUUAGGUAAUAUAAACCCUAAUUCCAAUCCUACAAUAGUGAAGAAUUUAUUGGAAACAUCAUUGCCCAGGACUGUCAAGUAUUCAUCUAAAAUGACAAAUGAGGAAUGGAAUUUGGUCUCUGCAAAGGAGAGUCUGAGAUUAGAGGUGAAUUUAGAUAAAUCUGUUAGUAGUAAAUUAAAUCGUGGUAGCAGAAAUGGUACAGUAUUCCUAAAUGAAAAGCAUAUGAAGAUGUACUCACAUCUAGUGGAAGGAAAACAGGAAGGGAUCCACAUGCACCCAACUCUGAAAGUAGAGGAGAGGAACAAGAAUGAUACUUUGAGUACAUCUGGAGCCUUCAUCAAGACCCGUCGGAAAAAAAAAGAAUAUCCAAAGAAUACUCUUUUGCUAAGCCCGAGGAGUAAAAAGACAACCAGACUCACCAAGCCUACUGUGACAUUCAACUGCACGUUGUUCCCAAGUGAGGCCAACCACACACCACCACCUUGUUCCAUUAACACAACAGGGACACCCAGCAAUGCCAACCGCGCAGGGCAUCUGAGCAGAGCCAACCAUAAGGGGCUGAUGCCACGACAGUUCAAACCAUCCAUCGUGAUUGGUCUUCCUCAUGAAAAUGGGAACUAUGAGUAUGUUACAGGAGACAAUUACCAAGAGGAAACCUCAGGUGCUGAAUAUGAAUACCACUACGUGAGCUUUGAAGACCCAUACAUGACAGACCCAAAAGUGAAUAUCAAAGAACAACGUAAUCCAGAUACCAUUGCUGGGCAUUACCUACGUAGCAAAGGGAACGAGAGGAAAUACUACAUUGCAGCCGAAGAGGUUUUCUGGGACUAUGCAGGAUUUAAAAAAAGCACAACAGCAAAUGAUAAAACCCAUCAAGGCUGCGGCAACAUGAAAUACAAGAAAGUGAUUUUUCGAAGCUAUACAGAUAGUACCUUUACAGUUCCUCAGGAAGAAAAUGAGUAUGAAGAGCAUCUUGGCAUCCUGGGGCCAGUUAUCCGGGCUGAAGUGGAUGAUGUUAUCCUAGUUCAUUUUAAGAAUCUGGCAUCCAGACCGUAUUCUCUCCGUGCUCAUGGACUCUACUACGAAAAGUCCUCCGAGGGAAGCAUUUACGAUGAUGAGUCUAGUGCUUGGUUUAAGGCAGACGAUGCCGUUCAGCCAAAUAACAGCUACAUAUAUGUAUGGUUUGCAAACAGGCGAUCUGGACCUGUGAAGUCAGGAGCAGCUUGCCGGUCCUGGGUCUACUACUCCGAUUUAAACAUGGAGAAAGAUAUUAACUCUGGGUUGAUUGGUCCAAUCCUGAUAUGUCAGAAAGGAACUUUCAAUACGUCGAACAACAGCAAUACACAGACCCGAGAAUUUUUCCUACUUUUUAUGGCCUUUGAUGAAGAGAAAAGCUGGUAUUUUGACAAAUCUGCUAGAAGGACUCAUAUUGAGAAGACACAAGAAACACAAAAAUGCCACAAAUUCUAUGGCAUUAAUGGGAUAACCCACAAUUUGCAAGGCUUGAAGAUGUAUGAAGGUGAACUGGUCCGAUGGCAUUUGUUGAAUAUGGGAGGGCCAAAGGACAUUCAUGUUGUUCAUUUUCAUGGGCAGACUUUUAUAGAACAAGGAGAGCCAAAGCAUCAGCUUGGUACAUACACACUCCUUCCAGGUUCAUUUCGAACAGUUGAAAUGAAGCCACAGAAACCGGGCUGGUGGCUUUUAGACACCGAAGUGGGGGAGUAUCAGCAAGCAGGAAUGCAAGCAUCCUAUAUGGUUAUAGAAAAAGAAUGCAGGAUUCCAAUGGGGCUUGCAAAUGGACUUGUCCUGGAUUCACAAAUCAGCGCUUCACAUCAUGUGGACUACUGGGAACCCAAGCUAGCCAGAUUAAACAAUUCUGGAACCUAUAAUGCCUGGAGCACUGAAAUGAAAGAGGAUGAACUUCCUUGGAUUCAGGUGGACUUUCAAAGAGAAGUUCUAAUAACUGGGAUACAGACACARGGAGCCAAGCAGUUCUUGAGGUCCUUGUAUGUCCAGAAGUUCUUCGUUGCUUAUGCCAAAGACAGACGGAAGUGGUUCACCUUCAGAGGGGAGAGCUCUGCCCUACAAAAGGUUUUUGAAGGUAAUUCCAAUGCCUAUGGGAUAAAAGAGAACAUUAUUGAUCCACCUAUCCUUGCUAGGUAUAUCAGAGUGUACCCAGCACAGGCAUACAACAGGCCUACACUGCGCAUGGAGUUCCUGGGCUGUGAAGUGGAUGGCUGCUCUGUGCCGCUUGGAAUGGAAAGCGGAGAGAUCAAGAACAGCCAGAUUACAGCCUCCUCUGCCAAGACCACCUGGUUUAAAGUGUGGGAGCCCUUCCUUGCUCGCCUCAACCAGAAAGGAAAGCUGAAUGCCUGGCGUGCCAAGUCAAACAACAACCAGCAGUGGCUGCAGAUUGAUCUCCUCACCAUUAAAAAGAUAACUGCAAUUGCUACCCAGGGGGCCAACUCCAUGUCUUAUGAGAACUUUGUGAAAUCCUACAUUAUCCUGUACAGCAAUCAAGGCUCUGAGUGGAAAUCCUACACAGACGGUUCAAGCACGGUGGCAAAGGUUUUUACGGGUAAUGAAGACAGCAGUGGGCAUGUGAAGCAUUUCUUUAACCCACCUAUCAUGUCCAGGUUUAUCCGCAUUGUUCCAAGGACAUGGUAUAACGGGAUUGCCCUUCGGGUGGAACUCUUUGGCUGUGAUUUUCCUGCGGGUCUGGAUAUUAAACAGACUGAUGAGUCUGGGGGCAAUUAACCUUUCUGCAGUCAUCAUGAAGAGCAAUUUUUUUUUUAACCCUUUAAAAGAUCACACUUAGUUGUUUGGAUGUAUGCAUCAUCAAAGGAGCUAAAUGUUUUGCAAGCAAGAACUGGGAGAGAUUUCUUUGUCAUUUUUUUCAUUUCUAUAAACAUACACUUUUCCAUAGAAAGAAGUAGCCACAGUCCUUUCUGGUUUGAAUAUCACUUCUUCAUCCUAGCAGUAAGCAAUAGUCUGUCUUGUUUUUAACUCUGUUCUGAAUUCUGGAUCCUUGGGGAGGAGCUCUGGCCGCAAUCCUGAGCGCUUCUCACCCCUGUUUCGUAAAGCUUCUCAGCACAGGCGUGGAACGGAGGGUGAGAGCGCUCCCUGCACAGGUUUGAGAAUCAAAAGCGGUGCAGAUAGGGAGCUGAGCCACAAAAACGCAGCAGGGGUGGCCUGGCCCCUCCGCAUCUGGCAUCUGCACCGYGAUGGAGCAGGAGCACGUGCCGGGAUUGAGGUAGACGCAACCUUGGCUCACACUGUUGGUGUGAUUCUUACCUGCCGAGCACCCUCGAAAUGCUGUGGGUUUCCUAAGAGCAGAUCUUCGGUGCCUGGCAAGAGCAGGGGGUGUCACUUAUGUCUGUCUGCUGCUGAAAUGAGAAGUGAAGUAACGUAGCCCUGAUGAUGUUGAGAAAUGGCAAAAAUAGAAGCAAAAUAAGAAUCUGGAUGUCCUGACUUCCAGUCCCACAGAAAUUUCUGGACCAUGGGGAGGGGAAUGAGAGCUGCCUCGAAAGGAAGAAACUGAGAACCUGAGAAGUCUGGCGGGAAUACAUUCUAGCUGUGGCAGGGAAGGAUUAGAUGAAACUGGGUAAUAAAACCACCUGCAUCCUCCUUACUGUUUAGCCCUGACAGUGUUUUCACUGAUGGAGCUACUAAGGUGCAGAAAAUGUAAAUGGAUUUUCCCAGAAUGUUAAACAUCGAGCAGAAAUAUGUCCGRUUCCUGAACUCUUCGUUCCAUCUGACUCUCAGCCAAGCGCUCAGCAGUGCCC